GCACAAAUUCCGUAAGCAACGUAAAUCAUCUGCCAUUUCUAACUUUUGAAUUGAGAGAGAAGGUCAACCAAAACUCCUAAGCCCCACAAGAGGAACAAAACCAUAUAAAAAAAAAACCCCAUAAAUCCUCAAGGAAUCAUUAUAUUCUCUUUUAGAGAUGCUUCCAGAUUUGGUGAUCAAAAGAACAACAAUCAACCAUGUUCAUUUAACUGCUCUUCUGUCUCCGUUAACUGAUUCUUGGAAAAGGCGGCUGUUAGCAACUGCAGGUCAAAAGGAAAUCAAGCACAAGUUUGGGAUUUUGAAUGGCCACACAGUUGCUUCCUGCUCAACUGGAAACUGAUAGUUCACCUGAGGAUCCUCCACUUGUUUCACCUACAGUCAAACUCAGUGAUGGCAGACAUAUAGCUUACAGAGAGAGAGGUGUGCCCAAGGCCAAAUCUAACUGCAAGAUCAUCAUUGUUCAUGGCUUUGGUAGCUCCAAAGAUAUGAAUUUUCAAGUUCCCCAAGAACUAAUAGAGGAACUGGGAAUAUAUUUUCUGCUGUAUGAUCGUGCUGGCUAUGGCGAAAGUGAUCCGAAUCCAAAGCGGUCGGUUAAAAGCGAGGCACUCGACAUUCAAGAGCUUGCUGAUCAAUUACAGCUAGGACCAAAGUUCUAUGUGAUUGGAGUCUCAAUGGGAUCAUACCCCAUCUGGAGUUGCCUCCAAUAUAUACCAGAAAGGCUAGCAGGUGUUGCGAUGGUAGUUCCGGUCAUCAAUUAUCGAUGGCCGUCCUUUCCCGACAGCUUGACCAGAGAAGAUUAUAGGAGACCACUUGUGAAGCUGUUGUAUUGGGUAGCAAAAUACACCCCUGGCCUACUACACUGGUCGGUUACUCGAAAAUGGUUCCCUUCACCUUCUGUCAUGGAAGAAAAGCCCGUAUUCUUCAAUAAAAGAGAUAUGGAAGCCCUGAAGAAAACAGAAGGAUUCCCCAUGCUUACCAAGGAAAGAUUACGAGAACGAUCUGUUUUCAAUACACUCCGCAAUGACUUUCUAGUCUGUUAUGGUGAUUGGGACUUUGAUCCAAUGGAACUGACUAGUCCAUUCCUUCAAAACCAAAACUGUGUUCAUAUCUGGCAAGGUUACGAAGAUAAGAUCGUUCCAUUCGAACUUCAACGAUGCAUUUCGAAAAAGCUACCAUGGAUCCAAUACCAUGAAGUUGCUGAUGGUGGACAUUUACUCGUGCAUUACAAUGGUUUACGAGAGGCCAUAUUACGAGCAAUGCUGCUUGGAGAAGAACAUCACCUGUACAGACCAAGUGCAGAUAAAACUGUCCCCUAAAUUAUCCAUUGUUUCCUUUCAUUCUUUGGAUAUUGUUUGUUGAUAAAAUGUAAAUAUGUGGGUUUAGAUUCAUAAACUUGUGUUUGCAUAAGAUUUGUUAUUCAUUAUUCAAUGAUUGGGAUUUGUUUGCUAUAAAA